CAUCUCCUCGGAUCGCCGCUACGAGGCGAGCUGGAGCUCUUUGGCCGGCGGCAGCCCGGAUGUAACAGCAGCAGCAGCAGCAACAGCAACAUCAGAGCCGGAGCCGCCGAGCUGUGGUGCUGCCUUGCCUCCUUGCUAGUGACAAGCCUCGGCGAGCACGAACAUGGCGCUCGGAGCGAUGUAACGGAGGCGCCGGGGCGGCCGGAGCUCGCUUGACAACCAGCCGGCAGCCUUUAGAUGCAACAGCUGUAGAGGGGAUUCCACAUGGAUGUAGGAGAUAAGGACCAGGAAUCUUGAAAUACUUAACUUUUUGUUUACAAGUCAGCAACCUUAAAGCAGAUGAAGGGGAGGAAAAUUAGAGCCUGUAGCACUCAUCUGGUGUAUUGAGCAGAGGCCACAGAGAGAAUACUUGGAAGCAAGAGAUGUUCAGAAAUGGUUGCCCCCCAGAUUGUUCUGUGCUUGGAUGCUGUUGCUCUUUGGGAGAUGUUUCUCAUGGGCCAACCAUCCCAAGAAACCCUGCUGUGCUGUGGUGUGACCAGUGAAGGCAUUUUCGACAAUAAACAAGGUUUUUCCACCAUGUUUGGAAAGAAAAAGAAAAAGCUUGAAAUUUCCGGCCCUUCAAAUUUUGAACACAGGGUACACACUGGAUUUGAUCACAGAGAACAGAAGUUCACCGGACUACCUCAACAGUGGCAUAGUUUGCUAGCGGACACAGCAAACAGGCCGAAGCCUAUGGUGGAUCCUUCAUGCAUUACCCCAAUCCAACUUGCUCCAAUGAAGACCAUCGUUAGAGGAAAUAAACCUUGCAAGGAUACUUCAAUCAAUGGAUUGCUCGAAGAAUUCGACAAUAUCUCUGUGACACGUUCCAACUCGCUCCGGAAGGAGAGCCCUCCCACCCCUCGCCUGGGACACGCCAAUCACAUCGAAAUUCACCAGCAGGAAAAUGGCUACAUCACGUAUUCUCAGUAUUCGAGCGAGUCGGAGACCGCUACGGACUUCCUUGCCGAAAAGUACAGAGACAAGAGCAUUCAUGGGGAAGAGUUGGACAGAUAUUCCAGGGGCAGCUGUGCUGCCAAGCAAAAUGGGCACAUGGCAAAAGUGAAAGCCAGCGAAAUGUAUUUUUCGGAAGCUAAGCCCCUGAAGUCUGAUAUCUCUAGGUUCUUGCCAGAUUAUCAUGCUCACAUGGAAACGAAAAGCAAACUGAAUGAGUAUGGUGGCUUGAAGCUGGAAUAUCAGAGGGCUCCUAGCGGAUCGUCCCUGGAUUAUAAAGAACCUUUUCAUUUCACUCCUUCUAGGACUUCCAUUCACAGUCAUUGCUCAGGAGAGAGACUAGAGUACAGUGACAGCGACUGGGCCAAGGAUGAUUAUGACAAAAGGCCAAAGUCGUCCUAUGUAAACCAGACAAGCCCUCAACCUGCCAUGAGACAGAGGUCCAGGUCAGGCUCUGGUCUCCAAGAGCCAAUCAUGCCCUAUGGAGCAAGUGCUUUUAAGUCCCAUCAGCAAGGCCAUUCGUAUAGCUCAUAUACCUACCCUCGAUUAUCAGAAACCGCAGCAGGCAUUCCAAAGCUGGAUUAUGAUCGAGCACAGAUGGUUGUAAGCCCACCGCUGUCUGGGUCAGACACUUACCCUCGAGGCCCAACCAAGCUACCUCAAAGUCAAAGCAAAGUCACGUAUUCAGGCAGUGGCUACCAGUACCCAGCAGUCUAUCACAAAUUCUCCCACUAUCACCACCAGCCUUCUCUCCAGCCAAGCUCACAUUACAUCUCCACAGCUUCUUACCCAAGCUCCCCAAGCAUCACUUCAAGUGCUUAUCCUCCACCAAGCUGGGGCUCUUCCUCAGACCAACAGCCCUCCCGGGUCUCUCACGAGCAGUUCCGAGCAGCCUUGCAGCUGGUGGUCAGCCCUGGUGACCCUCGGGAGUACCUGGACAACUUCAUCAAAAUCGGGGAAGGCUCCACUGGUAUCGUUUGCAUUGCCACAGAGAAGCACACGGGGAAGCAAGUUGCAGUGAAGAAGAUGGAUCUCAGGAAGCAGCAAAGGAGGGAACUGCUCUUCAAUGAGGUUGUAAUAAUGAGAGACUAUCAUCACGAGAACGUGGUCGACAUGUACAACAGCUACCUUGUGGGAGAUGAGCUGUGGGUUGUUAUGGAGUUUUUGGAAGGUGGUGCUUUGACCGACAUAGUGACUCACACCAGAAUGAACGAAGAACAGAUUGCUACUGUCUGUCUGUCUGUCCUAAGAGCACUGUCCUAUCUGCACAACCAAGGAGUCAUUCACCGGGAUAUAAAGAGCGACUCUAUACUUCUCACAAGUGAUGGGCGAAUAAAAUUGUCAGAUUUUGGAUUCUGUGCCCAGGUUUCAAAAGACGUUCCAAAACGGAAAUCACUUGUUGGAACCCCCUACUGGAUGGCACCUGAAGUGAUCUCCAGACUGCCUUAUGGAACAGAGGUGGAUAUCUGGUCCCUUGGCAUCAUGGUCAUAGAGAUGAUCGAUGGAGAGCCGCCUUAUUUCAAUGAGCCACCUCUCCAGGCAAUGCGCAGGAUCCGAGACAAUUUACCACCAAGGGUGAAGGAUCUACAUAAGGUUUCCUCGGUACUCCGUGGCUUCUUAGACUUGAUGUUGGUGAGGGAGCCUUCCCAGAGAGGAACAGCACAGGAGCUGUUGAGACACCCAUUUCUGAAACUGGCUGGGCCUCCUUCUUGCAUAGUGCCUCUCAUGAGGCAAUACAGGCAUCACUAAAUCCAGUAGGGUACUCCCCCCCCCUUCGCUUUUUUGUUUCUUCUGGAGGAGCUGGAUGAAAGCUGGCAAGUAGGCUGAAGGCACCUCUGUUGAGCUACCACUGCUGGCACACCAUGAAGGAGACUUCCCUGAGUUUAUGAAGAUACUUUUCCCCCUUUGCUUGGUAACCAGGCAUGUUGACAGUUAAUACUCCUGUGUGGGGGGUGCGCCUUUCAUAGAAUCAUAGAGUUGGAAGAGACCACAAGGGCCAUCGAGUCCAACCCCCUGCCAAGCAGGAAACACCAUCAGAGCACUCCUGACAUA